AUGUCUCGCGCACCCACAGGGAGCGGUAGCUCCAGGAAGAUCUCCUUCAAUGUUUCGGAGCAAUACGACAUUCAAGAUGUGGUUGGUGAGGGUGCAUAUGGAGUGGUCUGCUCCGCGCUACACAAGCCGUCAGGCCAGAAGGUCGCCAUUAAGAAGAUCACACCUUUCGAUCAUUCCAUGUUCUGUCUGAGAACGCUGCGCGAGAUGAAGCUUCUGCGUUACUUCAACCACGAGAACAUCAUCUCCAUCCUCGACAUCCAGAAACCCAGGAAUUAUGAAACUUUUACAGAGGUCUAUCUGAUCCAGGAACUCAUGGAGACGGACAUGCACCGUGUCAUUCGUACGCAGGAGCUUUCCGACGAUCACUGCCAAUACUUCAUCUACCAGACCCUGCGCGCGCUCAAGGCGAUGCACUCGGCCAACGUCCUGCAUCGUGAUCUUAAGCCUUCUAACUUGCUCCUCAACGCCAAUUGCGAUCUCAAGGUCUGCGAUUUUGGUCUCGCGCGAUCGGCCGCCUCCACCGAAGACAACUCGGGUUUCAUGACGGAAUACGUUGCUACACGCUGGUACCGAGCACCGGAAAUCAUGCUCACGUUCAAAGAGUACACCAAGGCCAUUGACGUUUGGAGUGUGGGAUGUAUUCUAGCCGAGAUGCUGAGCGGCAAGCCCCUAUUUCCUGGAAAGGAUUAUCACCACCAGCUUACCCUCAUCCUCGAUGUGCUUGGCACGCCGACUAUGGAAGACUACUACGGUAUCAAGUCUCGCCGUGCUCGAGAGUAUAUUCGAUCGCUUCCAUUCAAGAAGAAGAUUCCGUGGAAGGCUAUGUUUCCCAAGACCUCUGACCUUGCCCUGGACCUACUAGAGCGCCUCCUUGCGUUCAACCCGGUCAAGCGUAUCACAGUCGAGGACGCGUUGAAGCACCCAUAUCUUGAGCCGUACCACGACCCGGAUGACGAGCCUACUGCGGAUCCUAUUCCAGAGGAGUUCUUCGACUUCGACAAGAACAAGGACAAUCUCACCAAGGAGCAAUUGAAGCUCCUCAUCUUCCAGGAGAUUAUGCGAUAA